AUGGGGCAGGUGGUAAGAUAUGAAGCAAAUGUUCAAAUGCAUGGAAUAUGGGGACGAAAUUGUGAUAGUGCCUAUGCGGUUUCCCCCUUCCAUAUAGCUCCACCUCCACAAAAUGCCCAACUGCAGCACAUUGCGGCCAACUGGGCACGUCUUACGUGGGAGGCGGUCAAUGCUUCGAAAGCAGAAGUGGUUAAAUAUCAGGUUCAUUGCAGAAACAGCAGUUCAGAAUGGAAACAAUUUAAAACUACUUGGCUCGUAUUCGACCUUCCACUUGAUGAUGAUAUUGUAGAGGCCAGAGUCCGUGCUUUUCAUAUGCUCUGCAAUAUACGCGAUAGCAAAAUUCUUGGUGAAAUGUCAUGGUAA